CCAGUGCGGACGUGUUUUUCUCGCUUCCCUCCGCUUUCCACGCGUUGUGCGGCCAAAAACUUGCAAACGGAAAAACCCAAAUAAAAAAGAAACAUAAAAUAACUCAAGAAAACCUCAAGCCGAAAUCUAACCCAAGCCAAUUAAACCAACAAAACGAAAUCAAUUGAUAAACCACCUAAACGAAUAUUUAGUGAAAAUUAGUUAAACACUCUAAAAGUGCAUUUAAGUCAUAAAUUACUACAAAAAUAUAUAAAAAUUAAAUAUGUAUCUAUAACUUAUUUAAUCCAAUUUGAAUAAAAAAGCUUGUUUUUACCUUGUGCUUAUAAGUGACCCGCUUAGCAUAAAUCGAUAAAGAAUUUAAAAAUAAAUCAAUCAAUCUCCGUAAUUUCUAUAUCCAAGCACUGCCAAUGUGAACCCAUCUAUUUUAAAGAACAGGAAUAACCAACCUGAAUAUAACCGAAACAGAAGUUAACGAGCAUUUAAGAGGUCACAGAAGUAACCGUAACUGUUACACCAAGUAGCGUUAACUGGGUCAGUAGGCAGAGCCCAAGUAACGCCCCCUCAUCGAGGGCUUCCUCAACCACCUCUUCAUCCUUCUACGCCCCCCAUCUGGUUUCAGUGUGACCUUGGACCAUGAACUCCUCCAGCGGCGAUGAUGAGGCGCCAAAGGAUCCGCGCACUGGCGGCGAGGAUUUUACGCAACAAUUUACAGAAAAUGAUUUUGAGGGACAUCGGGCCCACACCGUCUAUGUGGGCGUCCAUGUGCCAGGAGGACGACGCCACUCGCAGCGCCGGCGCAAGCACCACCACAGCGGCCCCGGAGGGGGUGGCACGGGGGGCAGUGUGGGCGGCGGUGGCUCCCUCGGCGGCUCCGGAAGUGUGGGUGGUGCGGGCAAGGACAACGUCAGCGAGAAGCAACAGGAAGUGGAGCGACCAGUGACUCCCCCGGCCCAGCGCGUCCAGUUCAUACUCGGCGAAGAUGUGGACGAUGGCACACAUGUAUCGCACCCCCUGUUUUCCGAAAUGGGGAUGCUGGUGAAGGAGGGCGACGAGAUCGAGUGGAAGGAGACGGCGCGAUGGAUCAAAUUCGAGGAGGACGUGGAGGAGGGUGGCAAUCGGUGGUCGAAGCCCCACGUGGCCACCCUCUCCCUUCACUCGCUCUUCGAGCUGCGUCGCCUGCUAGUCAACGGCAGUGUGAUGCUGGACAUGGAGGCCCACAAUCUGGAGGUGAUGGCCGACCUGGUCUGCGAUCACAUGGUCAGCGCAGGAACCCUGCCGCCCGGGGUCAAGGACAAGGUCAAGGAUGCCCUGCUGCGCCGCCAUCGCCAUCAGCACGAGUAUGCCAAAAAGACGCGACUGCCGAUUAUACGAUCCCUGGCCGAUAUGCGCAAUCAUUCGUCAUCGAAAAUUGAAGAGCACUCUGGCAACAUACUGGGGGCCACAACUCCGAUUUCCCUAACGGCCAGCGAACCGGGACCGCCCGGAUCCAAUGGAAAUCAGAAUCUUAGCACCGCCGCCAGCGGCGUGGGUCGUUUCCUAACGGUGCCCAGUGGAAAACCCAGCAAUAGAGCGCUCGAGAAAAAAUCUAAUUCUAAACACUCGCGGCCCGCACAAAACCUGCCGUCGAUCACAGAGGACAUGGUCAAGAGCCCCAGCAACCAGUCGAUGGCCCGGCCAGGCAGUGGCACCGAGCUCAGCGAGCAGCAGCACAAGGGUAACACCCACUUCAUGAGGAAGAUCCCUCCGGGAGCGGAGGCCAGCAACAUCCUCGUGGGCGAGGUGGACUUCCUGGAGCGCACCCUGUCCUGCUUCAUCCGCCUGAGUCAGGCGGUGGUCCUGGGCGACCUCACCGAGGUGCCAGUUCCCACAAGAUUCGUUUUCAUCCUGCUUGGCCCGCCUGGCAGUCAGAGCAACUUCCACGAGAUCGGCCGGGCGAUGGCCACCCUGAUGUCCGACGAGAUCUUCCACGAGGUGGCGUACCGGGCUCGCAAGCGGGAUCACCUGCUGUCCGGAGUGGACGAGUUCCUCGAUGCAGUGACCGUGCUGCCGCCGGGCGAGUGGGAUCCCACCAUCCGGAUUGAGCCACCGGCGGCCAUUCCCUCCCAGGAGGUGCGCAAGCGUCCCCCUGAGAUGGCCAAGGAGGAGGUGGACGAGGAGGAGGAGGAGGCACGCCUGAGGGAGGAGAACGGCCUGUCCCGGACGGGCCGACUCUUCGGAGGCCUGAUCAACGACAUCAAGCGGAAGGCUCCCUGGUAUCUGAGCGACUACAAGGACUCCCUGUCCAUGCAGUGUGUGGCCUCCUGGAUCUUCCUGUACUUCGCCUGCCUGUCCCCGAUCAUUACGUUCGGCGGCCUCCUGGCGGAGGCCACUGGCAAGCACAUGGCCGCCAUGGAGUCCCUGGUGUCCGGGUUCGUCUGUGGCAUGGGCUAUGGCUUCUUUUCGGGUCAGCCGCUGACAAUUCUCGGGUCCACCGGUCCAGUCCUGGUCUUCGAGUCAAUUAUCUACGAGUUCUGCCUGAAGAUGGGCUGGGACUAUAUGACCUUCCGGUUCUGGAUCGGCAUGUGGGUCGCCGGCAUUUGCAUCGUCCUGACCGCGAUUGAUGCCAGUGCCCUCGUCUGCUACAUCACCCGGUUCACCGAGGAGAAUUUCGCCACCCUGAUCGCGUUCAUCUUUAUCUACAAGGCCAUUGAGAAUGUGAUGGUUAUCGGUAAGAACUUCCCGGUCAAUCAGGGUAUCUACGACUGUGUCUGUACACCGCCAAUCGGGAGCAAUGCCAGUGUCAUCGAGUACGCCAAGUACAACUGGGAUUAUUGUGAGACAUACAAUGGCACUUUGGUUGGUGGCGACUGCGGCAGCCCGCCCACCGAAAACGUUUUCCUCAUGUCGGUGGUUCUGUGCGCCGGCACCUUCCUCAUUUCCACCGUCCUGAAGGAAUUCAAGAACGCCCUUUUCUUCCCCUCCAUUGUUCGCCAGUACAUUAGCGAUUUCUCCGUGCUGAUCGCGAUUUUCGCCAUGAGCUUCUUCGACUAUUCGCUGGGUGUGCCCACCCAGAAACUGGAGGUGCCCAACGAGCUGAAGCCCACGCUCAGCACCAGGGGCUGGCUCAUCCCGCCGUUCUCCGAGAAGAACCCCUGGUGGUCGCCGAUAAUUGCCGUCUUUCCCGCCCUGCUCGGAACCAUCCUGAUCUUCAUGGACCAACAGAUCACCGCCGUGAUUGUGAACCGCAAGGAGAACAAACUGAAGAAGGGCUGUGGCUACCAUCUGGAUCUGUUCAUCCUCUCGAUUCUGAUCGCCAUUUGCAGCUUGAUGGGUCUGCCUUGGUUCGUGGCCGCCACCGUGCUGAGCAUCAACCACGUGAACUCGCUGAAACUGGAAUCGGAGUGCUCGGCCCCUGGCGAGAAGCCACAGUUCCUGGGAGUGCGCGAGCAGCGGGUGACCCACAUUCUGAUCUUCCUGACCAUCGGUGGCUCCGUGCUGCUGACCCCGCUGCUCCGUCACAUUCCCAUGCCAGUGCUGUUCGGCGUCUUUCUCUACAUGGGCGUGGCCUCGCUCAAGGGUCUGCAGUUCUUCGAUCGCAUACUUAUCAUGUUCAUGCCGGCGAAGUACCAGCCGGACUACAUGUUCCUCCGCCAGGUCCCCAUCAAACGCGUCCACCUGUUCACCGUCAUUCAGCUGGCCUGUCUCAUUAUUCUGUGGCUGAUCAAGUCCUUCUCGCAGACCUCGAUCCUGUUUCCCCUGAUGCUGGUGGUGAUGAUCGGCAUACGAAAGGCCCUGGAUCUGGUAUUCACCCGUCGCGAGCUGAAGAUCCUGGACGACAUAAUGCCGGAGAUGACGAAGCGGGCGGCGGCAGAUGACCUGCAUAAACUGGACGCUGAGGACAAUCAGCAUCAGCACCAUCCGAGUUCCGGUUCCGGGGCCAACUACAACGCCGAUAAGUCGGGGCCCACCACCAUUCACAUACCCCUAUCGGGAAGCAAGCCCGGAAGCACUGGACCGACACUGAACAUUCCCCAGGAGGCUGUUAAUCGCACCACGGUCUGGCAGCAGAUAAACAAGGAUGGCAACGGCAUCUCGGAGCAACUGAUCAUUCCGGUCACCCUCAAAGUCCGCCAGAUUAAUGGCAACCAUGCCCCCCCGAGUGCCGCCCUCUCGCCACGCCUCUCGCCCAUGCACGAGGCGGAUGAGUACAGUGAGGCCCCGACAAACAGUCCGGGGCAUCCCACGGGAGCUCAGCAGCAGCAGCAGCAGCAACAUCAUCAGCAACAGCCACAGCAGAUCAGCAACUGCAAGGAGGCGGCUGCCAAGCUCGAAGGAUCCUCCUUGGCCAACAGCCAGAUCAGUCCGGCCAACAUAACGCCCGUCUAAGGAUCCCGAACACCACACGGAUCCAAGGCGAUCAAAGCACAAAGAACACACAUCUUGUAUCUCUAGUUGGUCAUUCACAGCCGUAUCAUAAUCUCUAUUUACCAUAUAUCGUAGUAGUUAGCUAACCCAGGGGAUGUUUUUUGGUAACGUUUUUUAGCUGUGCCAGUAGAGGGUGAAUCCUUUGAUCCGGGGCUCAGGUGCGAGAUAUACAAGUAUUACUUAUACGAUAACAAUUACGAUAUUCUGUAGAGAACAAAAGCAUUCCAAAUAUACACUUUUGAAACGAAUUUUAUAGAGUCAAUUUCACCGAGGAGGGUGCAAAGAAGCCAAAGCCACAGAACAGAAACAGAAACAGAAACCAUAACCAUCGGUGCCCGAUGUUUGUCCAAUUUUCCUACCGUUCUACCCACUUUGACUUGGUUAGCUAAAGCGAAUUGUGUGUUUUAGGGGGCUCAUUUAUCGAACUGUGAUCUGAUGGGUAUAUCUUGGGGCGGGGACUGUUUAAGCAGCGUAUCAUUUAGCCUAGCCAAGCCAAAGCUGUAAACAAUUGUAUUAUAUUUUAUGCCUCAAACUAAGUUCUACACAUAAACACACACGCAUCCCUUUCGACACACCCGAAAGAUCAUAAGAUAUAUAUAAUAUAGACAACUAUAAAUAUUGAAUAAAAGUGGCGAGCCAUUAAUUAGCCACAUGCGAACUGCAAAAACAAAAAUGUAUCUUUCAUUUCGUUACUUUUGGUAUGCAUCGUUCGUUUUCAGUGUAUUUUGUGCGUAGUCGUGCGUCUUGAGUGUGGCACCUACUGCUCCCAGAAUCUAUACCUCUCAACUUUCAUGCAUAGCACUCGAUUGCGUUCUGCCUGUACUUCAUAAGCUCAGACAUCAUAGAAUCAGAGUUUGGGAAGGGAAAUAACAUAAUCAUCUUCAAACUCUGCUUCAUAAGUUCAAACCAUCAAAGCUCCAUUAGCAUCGUGUUUGAUGUCUGUAUGUGCAUUUUCUAUACUACUCCUACUUGUGUUACAUUUGUACUUUAAUAGAUGAACCAGAUCUAGGAUAUCCUCGGUACACCCAUCCCCCGAUCACGGUUAUUAACU